UGUUCCCAGACUAACCCUGACCUGGUUCUGGUCCAUUUGUUCCUCUCAGGUGGGUUCUCAGAGUUCUCUCACCUGUUUCCGGGUCUGUGUGAGGGGAAGUCUGCUCUGGUUCCGUCCUGCAUCUCUCAGCCCUGCCUGCCCGUCACCAACAUCGGACCAACCCGCAUCCUGCCUCACCUGUACCUGGGCUGCCAGAGGGACGUUCUCAACAAGGACCUGAUGCAGCAGAACGACAUCGGUUACGUCCUGAACGCCAGCAACACGUGUCCCAAACCGGACUUCAUCCCCGAGUCUCACUUCCUGCGAGUUCCUGUCAACGACUCGUUCUGUGAGAAGAUCCUGCCGUGGUUGGACCGAUCGGUGGAGUUCAUUGAGAAGGCCAAAGCCUCCAACGCUCGCGUCCUCGUGCACUGCCUCGCUGGAAUCUCUCGCUCGGCCACCAUCGCCAUCGCUUACAUCAUGAAGAGGAUGGACAUGUCGCUGGAUGAGGCGUACAGGUUCGUGAAGGAGAAGAGGCCGACCAUCUCUCCAAACUUUAACUUCCUGGGUCAGCUGCUGGACUUUGAGAAGAAGAUCAAGAGUCCUCAUGGUACUGAGUCCAAACUGAAGUCCAGCAGUGAGGUCCCUGCUCCGCCCGAUGACCCCGAGCCUCCACCCUGUCCGGAGGCCUGCGGCGGGCCGGGCCUGGCCCUGCUGGAGCCGCUCACACUGCCCUGCGUGUUAGCCGACGCCCCCGAGGAGCGCCUGCUGGCGGCAGCACUGAGCGGCCUGCAGCUCGCCGACGGCCCCGAAGACAACGCCCGACUGAAGCGCUCCUUUUCUCUGGACAUUAAGUCGUACGGCGAGCCGGGCGGGAACGCUCCUCACCGCGUGUUCGUCCCUCACGGAGCGUCGGGAGACGCCGGUGACUUCUACAAACCGUCGACCUUCAAAGAGCCGAAGCCGUGCCAGUUCUCUCCGGUGGAGGAAGUCUCAGAGCAGUCCACGCCGGAGCAGAGCCCCGACAAGGAGGAGGCCGACGCGCCGGAGCGGGUUGCACUGCCAACCUCCGCCAGCUUCACCAAACCUCCACCCACUGCUCCGAACUGUUCGCAUCAGCUGCACCGCAGCGGCAGCAUGGAGGAGAGCGCCACCAGCUUCCUGUUCGGCCUGUCGCGCAGCCAGCAGCACCUCGCCAAGCCGGGCACGGGCGGCGCCCUGAAGGGCUGGCAUUCGGACAUCCUGCUGGGCCCCGUCACUGUCUCCACCUCCUCACUGGCCGGUGGCUGGUACCUCUCCUCCGACUCCACACGCUUCUACUCCACCUCGGCCAUCCUGGGCGGUGGCGGUUUCGCGGCGUAUGGUUGCGGUCACGGCCUGGAGGCGGUGCGGAGACGCAGCCGGCAGAGGACAGCGGACCGCGGCGACUCGAGGCGGAGCUGGCACGAAGAGAGCAGCUUCGAGAAACAGCUGAAGAGGCGGAGCUGCCAGAUGGAGUUUGGAGACGGCAUGACGGACAGCCGGAGAGGAGAGGACGGAGGACAGGCCAGCUUCACCGGCAGCAUGGAGGUCAUCCAGGUCUCCUGAGACUGAGACUGAGACUGAGACUGGUCCUGGUCCUGGUCCUGAGCUCUGCUCCAACACACAGCGCACAUCAGACGCCGCCGAGACGCAUCCGCCUGAUCCUGAGACGAGAGUGUUGCAUUGUGGGUUGUUUUUAGGUCGAUGUUGCUAAGCUAACAGUCGACUAAACGAGCCGUCAUGAUGGGAAAAGACUGACACGUUACAUGAACGUUGGAUUUACGUUCUCAUCAUGUUUGUUUAAGAGAAAUCUGAACGUUCCAACACAACGAGUCUCAGGGAGUCUCAGGGAGUCUCAGAGAGUCUCAGAGAGUCUAAGGGAGUCUCAGGGAGUCUCAAAGAGUCUCAGGGAGUCUCAGAGAGUCUUAGAGUAUCUCAGGGAGUCUCAGAGAGUCUCAGAGAGUCUCAGAGAGUCUUAGAGGGUCUUAGAGAAUCUCAGGGAAUCUCAGGGAGUCUCAGAGAACAGCUCGACCACAGUCAGACAAGACCGGCUGAGACCGGCUGAGUUCAGAGCGAUGAAUGAAAAAAUUGAGUCACUAAAUGUAAUGAUGUCACAGCUCCACAUCACUGUUCUGGUCUGUGCCGGUCUCAGCUGGUCUCAGCUGGUCUGUGCCGGUCUCAGCUGGUCUCAGCUGGUCUCAGCUGGUCUGUGCUGAAGUCUUUCGUUCUCUGAUGGACGCCGUCGAUGUGAUGACGUGAACAGACUGAGCUUAGAGAGCUGCUCUCUGAUUGGACGAUGAUGAUGAUGAAACUGGAGCCUGUUGACUUGAACUGGACCAGAACAGUCUCAGGUGAGCUCCGAGCCCAAACAGGAAACGGAUUAAAACCGGAUCAGAGACGGUCUGAGGUGCUGCGGCGUGCUGCGGCGUGCUGCGGCGCUCAGAGGACUCGUGUUCGUUCAUGUUGCACUGCUGAGGUUUGAAGGUUUGAUUAAAGUUUGAGAGACGUUAAAGAAA